AUGUACACGUUUGACGACGACAUCUAUUUCACUAAAGAAGACACGGAGAAGCUCCAUCAACAUCGUUACAACUGCACAGACAACUCAAUUCUCAAUAAAUACAUUUUGAACAAGUACGUCUACCAACCCAUUUUAAAGUAUUUGAUACCAAAGUGGAUUGCACCAAACAUCAUUAGCAUUUUUGGGUUGGUGUUUUGUGUGCUCACACUUCCUGUGAAUUAUUCAAAUGUGUUUGGGAGGUUCGAGUAUCUCGUCACAGCAUUUCUUGUGAUGUUGUAUCAACUUUUUGAUUCACUGGAUGGGAUGCAAGCUCGAUACACAAAGUCUUCAAGCGCGCUUGGAGAGUUGGUUGACCAUGGCAUUGAUGCGUUGACGUCUGGUAUAUUACUUUUAUUAUUAAGUCUUCAAUGUGGUAUGACACAACAAGAAAGAUGUGUGUUGCUUGUAGUUGGGUACUUUGUUUUUUAUGUCACCCACUAUACUUCUUAUUUCACAGAACACAUGGAAUUUGGGUAUAUUUUAAAUCCAACAGAGGCAUUGGUUACACUGUCAAUAUUCAUGAUAUGUAGAACAAUAUUUGGGAUCACUUCGGAUGUUUUUAAAAGUUACAAAGUGGGUAGUUUUUCAAUCAACUUCAUCAUUGUAUGUGUUAUUGCAACAUUGGCUUUAAUAUAUAUUGUUAUUGAAUUAAGCAAAAUCAUAAGAUAUGAUGGUCUAUUCAAUGUAAUGAUAUCAUAUAUUGUGAUCUCCUUGUCAUCCGUUUUAAUUCUUCUCAGCCAGUCAAACUCAAUUAUUCUCGACCAAACCAAGGUGUUCAUUGCUAUACUCUUUUUGGCACACUACAACCAACUCUUCAUUGCACAUGCUAUAUUACAAAUUGAACAUCCAAAGAUUGGAUAUUUCUAUUCAACUGUUAUUAUCAUGGCAAUUAUCAUCUUUAUCAACAUCAGUGGGUAUAAUAUGAUUGGGGGUACAUUAUACGAGAACGACUCAUAUGCGUCUGUGAUUUUUGUCUUUGUAACACUGACGUUCACUUGUGUUGGUGAAGUUUCGCUGGUUCUCAAUUGCUUUUGUGUUUUUUCGAGGGUCUUGAGAAUCCACCCGUUUACUGUCUAA